AUGAAAUCAAUGUGGUCAAGACAAAGAAUCCAGAUUCGAUUGGAUGAAAAAUUUCUUUGGAAUUUAAUUCUGUUCGUUGUUAUUUUAAUCCGAAGAAGUUCAUGUUAUGAAUUUCAACCAAUCCUUGGUCAAAAAUAUAUUCAAUUUCCAACAAGUACAAAUAAUAGUUUCGCACAAAAACAUUUUAUUCUAGGCCUUGCACAUUUGCAUAGUUUUGGAUAUUCAUUCGCAUUUGAACAAUUUGAAAAAGCUUUGAGUAUUGAUUCUGGAUUCGCAAUGGCGUAUGUAUUUUCAUCUUUAACCAAUACUCGACCUGUUUGGUUAGGAGAAUAUCCCAAAGAAGGUUGGGAACAAGUUAAACGAAUGAAUUUAAAUAUUCGUUUUGAAAAUUUAACACAAAGAGAACAACUUUAUGUUGAAGCGGUAAGAAAAUUAUUUGACAAUGGAACAAUGCAUUACGAUGAUUAUAUCGAUAAAUUAAAACAAAUUAUCGAUCAAUUUCCAACAGAUAAUGAAGCAAGGGCAUUUUUAGUUUGUAUUUUAUUUUGGAAGACUCAACCAGAAAUUCGUGGAUAUUUAAAUCGAAAUCCCGAAGCUCGUCAAUUACAAAUGAAAAUGUUAAACAUGAUUUUAAAAACGAAUCCAAAUCAUCCAGGUGCAUUACAUUAUUCCAUUCAUCUCUAUGAUCAACCUCAAACUGCUUCAUUUGCUUUACCAAAUGCAAUUAAAUAUUCUCAAAUAGCACCAAAUUCUCCACAUGCUCAACAUAUGGUAACACAUAUUUAUCUUCGUUUAGGAUUCUAUCAACAAACCUUAAUUGGAAAUUUAGAAUCAGAUGAAGUUGAAAUUGAUAAUCACCGACAAUAUCAUAGUAUCGAAUUUUUACAUUAUGUUUAUUUAAAUAUGGGAAGAAGAUCAAUUGCUUUACAGUUUUUGGAAAAUCUUAAACCAUUAUUUAGUCUUGACAUUUUUUACAAAAUGCAAUAUGGGAUAAUGUACAAUCGACAUAUUGUAGAAACCCAAGAUUAUCAGUUUGCAUUUGAUAAUCCAUUUGAUUUAAUUAACUGUUCGGAAUGUCAAUCAUUGGGUGAUCGAUUUUGGUUAUAUCAAAUUAAUUCUGGAUUGAUACUUGUCAAAGGAUUUUCGACAAUUAAAAAUGAUCAACAAUAUAAUUCUACUCGAGUUCAACAAUAUAUUCAACAAUUAACAGAGAUGGCAAUUCAAUUAAAUCAAAGUCAACCAACACUUUCAAUAUCGAUCUUGGCAAUGAAAUUUCAAUUGGAAGCUUUUCAUCAGUUUUAUCGAAUAGCUACGACAAACGAUGAGAAAAAUCUCGCAUUGAAGUAUGCUCAAAUAGCCAGUGAACUUGAAUUAUCUGUUAAUCCACCCAGUUAUGGUCCUCCAAUUGAUCCAGUUAAACCCAGUCAAGAACUUUAUGGUGAAUUACUCUUAGAAAAUAAACAAUAUGAAAAAUCAAUCGAACAAUUUUUAAAUGUAAUGACCUAUUUUCCAAAUCGAACAUUGACACUUCUUGGAUUAGCAAGAGCAAAUUCGGCACUCAACAAAACAAAUUCAGCUCGAUUUUAUUAUUCUCGUUUAAUUACCGAUAUGUUUUAUAAAUCAGAUUUUGGUCUCCCUUGGUAUGAUGAAGCAUUCAAUUAUUUAGCUACACAUUUAUCUCUCAAUUCAAAUAAACAAUGA